UGGAAUGAGAUAUUAGGUGGUGAUGAGAUCACUCAUCAGUGAUGAGGUAGGUGGGGAUGGCUGUAAAUAUGAUGAGAAUGAGUUGAUAAUAAGGAUACCACUGGAGUACUGGGUACUAGCAUCUCAAAACUACAGUAGUAUGAAAUGAGCAGGGGAGUGUGAGAGUUAGCGUGUAUGAAAAGAUAAUAUCACUCUAUGCCAUAAUCUACAUUCAUAUCAAAUCCAUCCAUCACUUAUAUUCGGGUUCAAUAAUAACACCAUUUAUUUAUUCUUACUUAUUUUGUGUGUGGAGUGGAACGUGUACUUGUAUUCCCUUCCAGCCUUAUCAAAUCCAUCCAUCACUUAUAUUCGGGUUCUAUUACUUGUUCUUUCCUCUAUCUCUAUCUCUCAGUGUCAACAAAUAAGCAACAAAGCCUGAUCUGAAUUGAGGGAACAAAUGGAGCAACAGCAACAACAUGACCAAGUGCAACAACAAGAGGUCGACCCCAACUUUAUGUAUCUCAAGUUUGUCAAUCAGAAUGAAAAGGCAACAUUUAUAAAGGUGCUUCGGAAAUCGAAGAUAGCAAAGGCAUUUAACAAAUACUACCAAGUUAACAACAUACAACAUGGCACCGCUCGCUUCCUUUUCAAUGGCAAUCGCAUUCUUCCUACUUGCUCUGCCACUCCCUCUGAUCCUUCUACAUACAUACCGUUGGAUAUUCAAGAUGGAGAUCAAAUUGACGUUGUUCGCGAGGUUGCUGGAGGUGCUCCAUCCUAAACCAUAGAUCAACUUCUACUGCUGCUUUUAUUUAUCUUGUUCAUUAGUCACAGUACGGAGUGUAAGGUUAUCCUACUCCGUAUUAGUUACUUAGUUAGUAGCUAUUCUUAGGAUUUUAAGGCUGUUGGCUAUUCAUUAAUUAGGAACCUGGAGGCUAGAGCUACGUAUUAAUUAAUGUUUUAUGCUUAAACACCAAACCCAUCACUACCCUUUACUAAACUACUCUAAUUCACAAUCAUCAAUUGUUUGUGCUUCCUUUUAUUUCCUUUUUUUUUUUUAUUUACAAUCCUGCUUCAUAAUCUUUACCCUAUCAUGUGUUAUUAUGCUUAUUGUCGCGGAACAUCUACUAUUGAAUGAAUUGAUUGUCGCUUUACUUUGUUAUCACCUAACUCAGACUUCUACAAAUAAGAAUGCGACUUUAAUUUGUUUUGCAAUAGCUACUACUGACUCAAACUCACCAAAGGAUUUAUUACUUGAAUGUUUCAAUAAAUUA